AUGGAGCGCUCCUACUGCUUAGGAGAGGAUGGCUCACAGGUUCCUGAAGAUAAACUCCUCUGGACAGAUGAUGAGAAGAGUCUGGCUAAGUACAACGCAAGAGCGAUAUCCGCUAUCUUCAAUGCUGUGAAUGAAAAACAAUUUGAGCAUCCAGAAUUGACAUGCUUGCAACUCGUUUUGAGACUCUACGGAUGGGGGAAUCUGAGACUAUUGAAGAGUUCAGUGGAAAACUCAGCUCAAUUGCCAAUGAAGCACAAAACAUGGGAAGAAAUACAAAGACAAGAAGCUGGUCAAGAAACUGUUGAGAAGUCUUCCGCCAAAUUCGAGACGAAGAAAACAGCCAUGGGAACUGCUCUCGACACCGACAACAUGGACUUGGAUGAGAUUGUUGGUCAUUUACAGGCUUAUGAGAUGGAGAUUGCUCCAAUUGUGUCGAAAUGUUCGAAAGGAAUUGCGUUUGUGGCAGAUGACCGCAAAGACAUUCAAGAGCUCAAGAACGAAAUGAGUUUGAUGGCGAAAAACUUCAGCAGAGCUUUGAAAAGAGUAGAAAGAGGAAGAAAGAAACCAUUCUCAAAGCAAUCAAGUGGGGAGAGAGACAACGACAGAACGGAAAAAGAGUGA